CAGCAGCAGCUGUGCAAACUUUGACAGCUACUUGCAAAAACUAUUAAUUGUAUUCAGUGAAUUUAUUGUUAAAAUUUAUAAAGUUUUUUGUGUAAUGCCAGAAAUGGGCGAAAAAAGUAGUGGCAACAAAGUGAAAAAGUCAAAAAACGACUUGUUUCGCACAUCAUUGGGAUAUUAUCUGAAACAGAAAAGUUUUGUGGGUAAUGAGAAAUUUCGUAAAUCAGAUUUUCUGCUUUUACAAAAUAAACGACAGUUUAUGGUACAAAAGAUGUUGGAUCUGGAUUUACAAUGUGGGAAUUCAUUCGCAUUCUCUAAUGUUCUAUGCAUUACUAAUAAUCACCACAUUGUUGAUCAACAAUUUGGGCGUUUCUCACAAUUUGUUGAAUCACAAAGUGAAUUCAUACGUUUAGAGUUGAGACGCUUUUAUGCGCCCAUGCUGUGCCACCUCUAUGUGGAACUGAUGAAAGCGCGCGAACAAAAAGCCGCAUUCGACUUACUCAAAAAAUACGCACAAUUAGUGGCGCCUGUAGAAACUUACGAUGCGCCCUUGCCUACGAAAAUCAAUGGUUGUUCCGUCGCCAAUGACACACAUGCCGACCAAACCAACAAUGCUACUCCACAUACCAGCAUACGAUUUGUAAAUGCAACAAAUGAAACAUCUGCAGAUCCCGAACUAAUGUAUUUCACAAAACUCAUACAAACACUAUCUGCUUGCACGAAGCUGGAGACCGCCGAAAAUGAUCCGGAUGUGGCACAUUUUCGUGCAUCCAAAUAUGAAAUACACACUACGGAGACGGUAGUCGACACGUUGCGUUGCUACCUGGAGAAACGUGGUCACGUGCUUAUACUUAAUCUCCUAUACACAUGGAUACACGUGCACGUCAUUGAUAACGAGAUACCCAAAUGGAGUGAAGAUAAUCUACUUAUGGGCUUUGAGGCGGUUGAAGACGAUGAAGAAAGUAAAUAUGAUUUGGCUGAGGUGAAACCGAAAGUCAAUGCGGCGAAUGAACGCUCGGCAGUGAAACGUGAGGCAGAGGAACCACCCGAAGAACUUAUGGUGAAAACAGAGAAGUUGGAGAACACUUUGGAUGAAAUGAAAAAGGUGCGUCAACAGCAGGUGACAGAUAGCAUGCAGACCUUGCGUAUGUGUAGAGAGCAAAUGUUGAAAACACAAACACAGCAUCCUUAUAUUAUUAAACUUGCCGAUCGGAGUAGAGGCCUUUCUGCGGCGCAUGUUGAUGCCAACGAAUGCCACCUGGUUGCCGGUUUCAAUAAUUCGGUGGUACAACUCUGGCAACUGAAUCAACAAACUUGUAGCGGCAAAAAUCUUUACGCACGCUUUGCAGAUUCCGUGUGUCGCUGGGAGCUGAACAAUCUGUGUGCCGAAGAAACUGAGACUGAGGAUCAAAUUGAUUUGGAUGUUAGAGAACAUUCGCGCCUAAAUGUAAAUGAUAGGCGGAGAAGAAAAUACGAAGCUGCCAAAUACGAGAGCAAUUCAUUUAAUGAAUAUGGUGGCAUACAAUUGCGUGGUCAUGGCGCUGGCAUUACGGACGUACGCUUCUCCGCGCAUUACCCGCUCAUUUUUAGCACAUCGAAGGAUGCCACAGUGCGUAGUUGGCGCGCCGAAAGUUUUGGCUGUGCGAACAUCUAUCGUGGUCACCGCUAUCCCGUCUGGUGUAUCGAUGAGAGUCCGGUGGGCAUGUACAUUGCGACCGGUUCGAAGGAUCUCACAACGCGUUUGUGGUCGCUGGAGCGUGACUCUCCACUAAUCACUUACGCCGGCCAUACACAAGAUGUUGAGUGCAUUGCCUUUCAUCCGAAUGGCAGUUACUUGGCCACUGGCUCUGCGGAUCUCUCUGUGCGUCUGUGGUGUGUGACAAGUGGCAAACUGAUGCGCGUUUUCUCUGACUGCAAGCAGCCCGUUACGAACAUAGCAUUCAGCCCGGAUGGCAAAAUGCUGGCCGCCGGCGGUGAGGAGUCCAAAAUACGUAUUUUCGAUUUGGCCGCCGGCGCACAGCUGAACGAACUGAAAGAUCACACUGCCACCAUUAACAGUAUUGCCUGGAGUAAGGGCGGCCGACAUUUGGCGUCCGCAUGUCGCGACGGCACUUUGCGUGUGUGGGAUGUCAAGAAGCUGUCACCCAUCAACGACAGCACCAGUGGCAGUAGCAACGCAAACUCCUCAUCUUCCUCCUCAUCCUCAUCAACUAAUUUGAAUAAGAUUAUGGCGUUGAGCAGCAGCUGUCAGCGUUUAGUGAAAGUCUCCUUUAGUCGGCAAGAUGAAGUGAUUUGUGCUAUCGGCAGCUAAAGCGCGCAAAAGUUAAGCUUAUUAGUGUGAAAAGCAAGCAAUGCGUGUUAAGACUUCAAAGCGUUUAGAAAUAAUAGUAAUGCAAGAACAAAUUAAUAUUAGAAUCAAACAAUGAGUAUUGUACUCGUACUUGUUAAAGAGCAUGUUUAGUUUAUUUUAAGAAACUAAAUUAUUAAGUUCCGACUAACAUUACAAAAAAAAAAAAUAAUAAUAAUUAAAAAAUCCAAAUAAAUAAGUUAACCAAUUACGUAUAAUUAAAGUAUACAGGA